AUGAAACAAGAUCGCAUCAUCCUAGCAUACCGCAGUUUUAUCAAUCUGGAGUCCUCAAACUCAUAUUUUCUGGCAGAUCUUCCACCAAAGGUAUUCUUUAAUCUCAUUCAAGCACUUUUAAACAACAAAUCUCAAGUCCUCAAGUCCAAAUCUCAUUACACCAAACUCCAUCGAGUAGCCACCAUGUUUGAACUUAUGCAGACCGUCGAAGCCAAGACUGACAUAAAUGUGCUAACACUCAUGAUCUAUAUCUAUGCAAAAAUGAAUAAUCUGCCCUCUGCUUUGAAAGCAUAUGCAGAGAUCAAGCAACAUGGAUUUGAUCACAUGUGUCCUUUGGUUCUUGGAAAUAUGACCCAAGCCCAUAUUCUCAAUGAUGACGAAAAAACCGGCCUGGAAUACUUUGAACUUUUGAAACAAGUUGAUUUGACCAUAUAUCCCUACGAGGUAUUGCUAGGCUCAUAUGUGCUCAAAUGUGACGAGAGCGGGAUUGCGCGUGUUAUAGAAAUGAUGCGUUUAGCUGGAUUUUCCUGGACUCCUCAGAUACUUACCAAGAUUACUAAUUAUUACGCUUCUUGCAAGGACGACUUGACUGUAUUGAAAUUGAUCAAAAAGUUUCAAAAUGAAGGCGGCGAUCUAAAUGCUCGUAUAUACCAUCGCCUUAUGGUUACGAACAACAAUAUUGGCGAGCACCAUGAUGCCUUGCAGACUUUGAAUCAAGCAAUUAAAAAGCGAGUUCGUAUCACACAUCCUAUGAUUACCGAAAAAGCAGUUGCGUAUGCUGGAUUAGGUCAGGAGAAACACAUGUGGGACACAUACUGCGCUGUCACCAAUCAUCAGUUUGUCCAAUCUCGUCUUUGUAUUGCUAUGGCAAAGCAUCUUGGUCCAUUGCUCGAAUCUGAGCGUGAUGUCAUAGGUGCUAUCAGUGCGUAUGUCAAAGAGUCAAAUGGCUCGCUCACCAAUGCUCUCUCUGGGUUGGUGAACGGCUACAAAUUCCUUGGAGAUCCUGAUUCCGCAAAAUAUCUGAUCAGUGUUUUAACUUCGUACAAUCCAUCUUUAUCUUUGGCCAUCCAUGUCAAAGUAGUAUAUGCAUACUUGGAAACUGGAAACUUUGAUGGUGCUUUGGGCCAUGUCAAAUAUUUGGAAGAUCGUUAUCAGAGUGCAGAAGUUAUUCACAUCUACCCAUUACUGGUUCAUGCAAUCAGCUAUCGGCCCGAAAUGGUAAAGAAGCUUCUUGCAUGGAUGGCUCGAAAAGGUAAAGACAUUGAUAUUGAUCAAGAGUAUCAGCGUGCAGCGUUUCGUGCAAAGUUGGGACCAAAGACUUUUGAUGAUUAUAAUAGUAUAGGGCAGGAAUAA